CGUUUGAUCGAGGUCAUUGAGAGAGAUGGAGGACGGAGGAGCCGAUUGGAUCGGACGGGUCACGGCGCGAGAAGUCGGUGACGGGUGUGGUGAUCUUGUUUACUGGCCGUCCGAUUUCCGAGGGGGGACCAUGGAUGCGACCCAGGAAUAAAAGGAGGGUGGUUCCCAGGGUUUAGCUGCUUAUCUUCCAACCCCACUUGAGAGAGGAAGGAAGAAGCGACAGAUCGCGCGGCGGGCGGCAGCGGCGGCCAUGGAUUCUCCGGCGAGGGAAAACGAGGACGGGGUGGGGAGAGAGAGUAGUGGCCCAACGGGUGGAAGCGGCGGCGGAGGAGGCGCAGCGCACCGUUUGAUCGCGCCUAAACGGGAGCCCAUGGCGUUCCUGGGGAUCGGCGCGCUGCCCAUCGUUCGGCGACCCACAGCGAGGACCAGAGACCGGCACACCAAGGUGGAGGGGAGGGGGCGGCGGAUCCGGAUGCCGGCCGCCUGCGCUGCUCGGAUCUUCCAGCUGACCCGCGAGCUAGGGCACAAGUCGGACGGCGAGACCAUCCGGUGGCUCCUGCAGCACGCGGAGCCGGCCAUCAUCGCCGCCACGGGGACCGGGACCGUCCCCGCCAUCGCCACCGUAGUCGACGGCGCGAUCAAGAUCCCCACCGAGGCUCCUUCCUCGUCCUCGCAGCCGCCUCUGGUAUCCACCUCCGGGGAGGAGGAAUCCGCCGUGAAGCGGCGCAAGAAGCUCCAGCCGACGCGAGCGUCACCGGCGCAGACGACCAACGCGCCCGCGCUCGCCCCGCUCGCCGCGUUCUAUCCGGUGCAAGACCCUCUGCUGCAGGGGGGAGGCGCCAUCUCCAUAUCGACGGGUCUGGCGCCUCUCUCUCCCGCGGGGGUUGUGCCGAUGUGGGCGGUCGGCGGCGCGGCCGCUGCGUCCAGCGGAGUGAGGCUGCUACCGCCCGGAGCCCUGUGGAUGCUGCCGCAGGCGACUGGGGAGGCGUCCGGGCAGGCACAGAUAUGGGCGUUCCCUCCCACCUCGCAGUUCAUCAACCUGGCCGGGACGCACUCCAUAGCAGCGGCGCAUCCAGGCGGCAUGUUCUUCGCCGGAGACACAGAUGGCAAGAAGCAAGAGCUGCAUCUGAUGGGAGGGGCAGCGCCGGAGGCGGAGGAAGAGGAGGAGGAGGCGCCGUCGGAAUCGGAGGACGAUGGCUAGGCUUUGUAAUGGGAUGCAAAAAUCCAACCAUAUUUUUUCAGUUUGGAAGGGUGGGUGCGCACGUGCGCGAGGGAGGACAAUGUAAUUUUGAACUCUUGAAAUAUUAUUUGGGUUAUUGCUCGGUGGUCCCACUCCUACACUGGUUGUGCCGUGAGUAUGGUCAAAGCUGCUCUGUCGACAACGCUGGUGGACCAACACCUGUGUCUUCACGUGGGUGGCUUAGGUUUGUGCUCGGUGGGGCCAGCGGCCACGUCACUAGUAGUUAGAUGGACACGAAGAAUUACUGAUUGUUGAGUUUUUUUUAGCGAUUUACUAAAAAAAAUUUAUGCGUUUUA